AUGCGCUUGCCAGCAUCAAACCAAAUUUGGUUGACCUGUGAGAAUCCCGCAAUCCUCGUUCAAAAAUACGGGAAAUACCUCCACGGCGAUUCGACAAAAACCUGUCGCGUCAGACUCUCAGAAGUCUUGGCCCUUGGGAAUUCGCGUGUUGUCUCCCGAGAUGAUCUCCUGUACGCGAACAAGCAAUCGAAGCUGAGCGCGUGA